CUUCUGUCUCCCCUUCUUCAUUUCUCAUGACAUCCAGAUCUACUGUCAUUACUGCGCAUUGAUACAUCCAUAUUAUAUCUGAUAGAGGCAAUACCGCAGGAACAUGGCGCGACAAGAGCCGCUCCUGGCCUCGCGCCCGUCCUCCGAUCACUCAUCCGUCCGCAACGCCGAGGAAGAGGAUGCCCUGCUCACCGGCGAACGCACCAACCGUACCCAAGGUCGGGGAUGGGCAUUUUGGAAAGACGUCGGUCUCUUUACCUGGGCUUUGCUCGCUACCGUCGCCGUCAUCGUUCUUUCUGUUGUCUAUCAGCACGAAGCUAGUCGAGUCAAUGAUCACUCAAAGCAUUCGUGGGGCCCCGGGGGGAAGCCGACCGGCAAGCGCAACCUAAUCUUCAUGGUGUCCGACGGCAUGGGCCCAGCCAGUCUCACCAUGACCAGAAACUACAGACAAUACACGGAAGGACUUCCGCUUGACGAAAUCCUCGUCCUUGAUCAGCACAUUAUCGGCACCUCGAGGACGCGGUCGAGCUCCAGUCUCGUGACCGACUCCGCCGCGGGCGCGACUGCGUUCUCGUGCGGCUUCAAGAGCUACAAUGGUGCCAUCUCCGUUUUGCCCGACCACUCCCCUUGCGGUACGGUUCUCGAGGCAGCUGCUCUCGCAGGCUACAAGACGGGUCUGGUGGUUACGACCCGUAUUACCGAUGCAACUCCAGCCUGCUUCGCUUCUCACGUGAACCUUCGACAGUAUGAAGACCGGAUCGCGGAACAGGAGGUCGGGGAACACCCUCUGGGCCGUGUCGUGGAUCUAAUCAUGGGUGGAGGUCGCUGCCACUUCUUGCCUAAUUCGACUGAAGGAAGUUGUCGGGCCGAUGAUCGUGACCUGAUUGAGUUGGCGAAGACGAACGGGUUUCACUACCUGAAGGACCGCAAAGGAUUCGAUUCCCUGAACGAGGGCGCAGACGUCAAGUUGCCCCUGUUGGGUCUCUUCGCCGAGAAGGACAUUCCUUUCGAGAUCGACCGUCGUGGCCAGAACGAUGUGUACCCGUCUUUGGAGGAAAUGGCCCGCACGGCGCUGAAAGCUCUUAGCGAAGCUACUGCUGACAGCGACAAAGGAUUCUUCCUCAUGAUUGAGGGCUCACGCAUCGACCAUGCUGGCCAUGGAAACGAUCCUGCUGCCCAAGUCAACGAGGUAUUGGCUUACGACAAGGCUUUCGCGGCUGUCUUGGACUUCCUUGAGAAAGACUCCACCCCUGGUGUGGUAGUGAGCACGUCCGACCACGAGACUGGCGGAUUAGCUGCUGCACGACAGCUCCAUGCUUCUUAUCCGGAGUAUAAGUGGCUACCCGGGGUACUGGCCAACGCCAGUCACUCGUCAGAGUAUGUUAGUGCCAAGCUGAAUGAUUACGUCUCGAAGAAAAGCGACUCGUCCGCGCAGAAGAAGUACGUGCGCAAGUUGCUUGAAGAGGAUCUCGGCAUUACCGAUGCCACUGAUGAGGAAGUAUGGGCCGUGCUUGAUCCGGACUCGCCCAUCAUUCCUCAAUAUGUGUUUGCAGAUAUUGUGAGCAGAAGAGCUCAGAUCGGAUGGGCAACGCAUGGACAUUCUGCUGUUGACGUGAACAUCUACGCCUCUUCCACCAAGGAUGCCUGGCCGCUCCUUGGAAACAACGAGAACAUCGAGGUGGGGUCGUUCCUCACCAACUAUCUCGAUCUCGAUCUGAAGUCUGUCACCGACAAGCUACAAGCUUCCGAGUAUUGGUCCAUGGCCUCGGCCGAGGACCAGGCCGAUACAUCGUCGUUCGGCUGGCUGGGCGACCCACUCGGCGCGGAUGUCCGCACCCAGGGACUGGACGCCUACCAUGGCGAGUUCAAGCGCUCCCUGUCGGAGGAAGGCUGCAGCUGCGGUGGAGUUCACUAGAGAGUAGAGCCGCGCGCAGCGAGGAAUCGCGUACCAUCUUCACUACUUACCGUCCUAUAUCGUGACUAUUUGCAUGGAUAUUCUGGCGUACGGAGGAUUAUGAUCACGUGAUUUAGGGAUUAUUGGUCUGCUUUGAGCUAGAAUUAGGUAUAGUCAAGUAGCUAUCCACAAACGAACACUGGAUGUCUCACAUUAGCAUGGGAUUUCUCUCCGAA